AUCAAGUCGAUAAAUUCAGGUGUUGGCUGAAAAAUUUAUAAGAAAUCAUGUUUAACCUUAACUAUGAGUUGCCAAUUUUCAUCUAAUGUUGGCUUGCAAGUUAAUCACAAAAAAACUGAGAAGAACAGUGCAAAAUACAAAUCCUUGAGGAAUAGUUGAAGUUGAAAAACCGAGAAUUGAGAGAGGAAAAAAGUAUUUCUUCUCGAAUCAAAUUUAAGAGAAUGUGACCAGCCCAGGUGUAAGAAAAAAGCGUAAACCAAUGGAAAACUUUCGUUCUUUGUGUGUUUAUGCAACCAGAAUCAUCAUUAUAGUGAUUCAACAAAACUAAAGCGUGUCAAUGAAUACCCCUACAAUUCCUAAAAGUGCUUGAAUCAAAGAAAUCAAUCAAUGUCAAUAAGAACUCUACACUUGAAUACGAUUAUCUUCAUCGUAGUUUUGUCGAAAUGAAAGUGAAAUUGCAAUUGAAAGGCAAAUGCAAAAAACAAGUUUAACAACACGCCACAAAAAUGUGAAAAGUAAGAACCUUUGUUUGUAGAACACAACGUUAUAGUACUGUUAAGUUUUCAUAAGUGAAUUUUUAUUUAGUUCAUGUGAUAAAAGGUUAAAUAGCGGUACAGUAAAUCAUAACCUGUGGACAUCAGUGUAACAUGCGUGAAGCUUUUCCGGGUCUUCCAUUUAAUAGUAACGUUGCAGCUGAAAAAUUACUCCUGUCAACGUUGUCAGCACCACUCGAUCAAACGGUUCAUCUAAAAGAGCAAAAAGUCAACAACAAAUUAAGACAUUCAACAGUGUCACCGUUAACAGUUUCACUGUCAUCGUCGUCGUUGUCGUCGAACGCAACUGUAGCUUCAAAUUCAGCAGCAACAUCGCACAAACACGGACCAGGCAUAGUCAUCACCGAAAAGAUUAUAAAUAAUAGCCAAGGUGAAACCAUUGAGGAAGCAUUGGUGGAUACCGAAUCGGAAAAGAAUGUUGUACUUGAUUCUCACAGUGCACAAAGCAACGUUGGCAAUCUGCCAUCAACAGUCGUCCAAGCAGGAACAGCAGUAGCAACAACAACUACAACAAGUAAUGCUGGAACAUCAUCAACUACUCCAUCAUUCGGUGAACUCGAUGAAUUGCACAGCAUUUUGCAUUUCCCCGAAGAAGUGGCGUUACGGAUAACCGAUACCGAGUAUCAUUUGUUCUAUCAGGUAUUACCCAACGAUUUCAUUAAUGACGCAAUCCUUGAGCUACAGAAAGAGCAAACAUUUAAAACCAGUAAUCAAAAUCACACUAGCCUGAGCACAACGAGCGUCAGUUGUAGUAAUAACAACGUUAGUCGAACGCAAGAACCAAAAGAUUCUUCAUCAGUUAACGGUAUUGGAACAGCAGACAGUACUGCAAUAACAGCUGACACUCACAGUGAAUAUCAAUCAUCACUGAGUUCUAUACGGAAACGGUUUGAAGAGACCAGUGCGUGGACCAACUACUUUGUUCUUUCACAAGGUACACAAGAUGAACGAAAAGCGGCCUUUGCAUGCCUGUUGCGUGUUGCUAUUUCAUGCUGGAAUAUUGGAAAUUUCAAUGGUGCUAAAGAGAUAGUGGAUGGUCUGAAGUCAAUCAAACGAGAAUCAAUCUGGUCUUCGGAAGCAGAACGAGCGAGGAAUUCUGCCUUCGAAUUUCUUACAAAUGUUUUUGAUUCCAACGAAUAUGAAAACGCUCUAUCAAGGGCACUGGCAAUCUCAACUUGUAGGACUGUUCCUUAUUUUAAGAAUCAUAUUAAUGAGUUGAAAAAGUUGUUACGAGCGGUUCCAGAGUCAUUACAUGAUGGUGAUGAUGAUGAUGUCCAAUGCCAACAAGAUAGAUAUUAUUUGGGAGAAACAAAACAGAUUCUCCAAGAGGAUGACGAAGAAAUGUUGCUUCGGUUAUCCCAGGUGGAGCUACCACUGAAACAUCCCGAAACAUCCACUUCAAGUGAAAGUCCUACAGUUGAUAAUUUAGAGCAAACCAUUUAUCAAAGGGUACAACCCGCCUUCAAAACUAUACUUGCGUGCGUUAGCCAUCAUCAAAGUUUGUGCCGUGAGCUGCCUCACAGCUUGCAGGAGUUUCUCAGAACAGCAGCAAACAGUCCUCGUCAAACUAAAAUUCCCCUGUAUCAACCGUCGAAUCUUCAGGAAUUGGAAGAGGACUACGAGGUGGAGAUUGGGAAUUACAAUCCUGUUCAACCUUUGUUUUACGACCACGGAGUCAGCAUCGUACCUCUUUCUACCAAAAAAUCCAACGUUGUUGAUCAUCACAUUUUGCAGAUAUUACAUCAUGGAACGACAGCAGUACUGUGGGAGCCAGAAAUCCCGGCGGAACGUUCUACCUUUGUGUAUCUGCGGCUUGAGCGAUCAUGUUCGUGCAUUUCUUGGCAACGGACUGCGUGGCGCAGAAUUAAGUCUCAACAAGAUAUUAAUCCCAAUCAAAACCCGGAGGAAAACGUGACAUGGCGAUUUGCAUCAAGAUGUACAUCCAAUAUAGGGGACGUAGAGGUUCAGAGUCAAAACUUGGAAGAAGGGAUACUAGACCUGGGCACCGUAAAGGACAUUGCCAUGGGCUCAAGAAAUCACGAAUAUGAUCACGAUAUUCUGGCAGCAGGGAAACGGUUUGGGCUGACCCACGUUGAAAGUUGCAUUUCCCUGCUUUACGGAAAUUCGGCCAGUGAAAAUCGGUUUCUGUGUAUUCUCUGCCCACCGUUACUGUGUAGAACUUGGUUCAUCGGUCUGCAUUGGAUGUUACGGGGCUUUCGGCGCCAGCAAAGUUUAAUAGACCGAUCGAUGCUUUGGCUCAAGGAACUGUACAUACAACUUUACUACGAGGAAGGCAUGUGCAGCGAACCUACAGUUUCGGAUGCGAUAAAAGCAUUUGGGGGUCAACUUUAUCUGUCUUCCAUGAAAUCCUUAUCACGGACGCAAAUCAACGAUUCGACGCCAGAACUGGUUGCGACCACCACGGCUGCAACUGCAAACAAGAAAGAUUGCAAUUCCAAGAUUCGUAAAAAACGUUCCAUGGCAAAUUUGUUGAAUCAAAGCACAGUUCAUAACAGCAGUAUUUCUGCAACGGAUCCUUGCAUCAGUGACUUGGAAAAGUCUCGAUUGAACGACAAAAAAAGAGACCGUUACGACUCACAGGACCAGCUUUGUCAGAACAUGAAAAAACUCAACAUUGGAUCAGUAACGCAGGAUACCCAACUGGAUUUUCUCAGUUUUGUUACACUGUACAGAUCUUUUAGCAUACUGAUUCGUCACGAUCUUCAAGAUAUUUUCAACCAGUUGGCGGUUGCUUCCAUGAGUCGAGCAACGCUUAAUGGCGAAAAGAGUAGAAGUGCGCCCGAACUGUCUGAAAUGGCAGUCAAGCGUAAGAUAGGACUCUUAACACGGAAUUGCUCGCUGGACUUAGAGUCAUCUGACGCGAAACAUACGCGGAAAAGACAUUUCGAUACUAUUGCAGCUUCUAGCAUUGCUGUGAAAAAUGAUCACAUAAUAAGCAGUAACAAAGUUAUCACUUUGGCUACGUUGAAAAAGUUUCUCGAAACUCGCCAGAUGGAAUUACUUAACGACGAGGAUGUUAAAACAAUUAUACAGCGACAUGAACCGGAAGCUGCACAUCGUAUCGAAAAUUGCAUGAGUUUCGAAGGAUUCGCGCGGUACAUGAUGGACAAGGAUAAUUACGCAUUUUUAAGUGAACUGAUGCCGGAAAGCACUUAUAUGAACUUGCCGCUGUCCCAGUACUACAUUGCUUCUUCGCACAAUACAUAUCUAACAGGACAUCAGCUCAAAGGGGAAAGUUCUGUCGAACUGUACAGUCAAGUGUUGUUAACUGGUGCACGUUGUGUUGAACUGGACUGUUGGGAUGGUGAGGAUGGAACGCCCGUCAUCUACCAUGGGCACACAUUCACCACAAAGAUUCCGUUCCGAGCGGUGGUGGAUGCAAUCAACAAGGCCGCAUUUGUUCAGUCUGCAUAUCCCGUCAUAUUGUCAAUUGAAAACCACUGCUCAGUUGUACAACAGCAACGAAUGGCAACAAUCUUUCAGUCCAUUUUUGGCGAAAAAUUGGUAACGAAUUUCCUGUUCGAUUAUGACUACACGGACGAACCAUUUUUGCCUUCUCCGCUUUCGCUGAAGCACAAAAUUCUGAUCAAAAAUAAAAAGCUGAUUGUUGAAGUACCAGCGACCCUAUCGACCGGAUUGACUCGCCAGAAUACGUACAAACAGUCGAACUUAUCGAGUCGGGCAAGUUCAAUCAUAUCGAACACGAGUGGCAAUUCCUUGAACGAAGAGUUUAGUGAUGACGAAUAUGAGGACGAUGAUGAUUUCGACAAUAUUGAUGACAAAACAUAUCACGUAAAUUGGGGAUCAAUAGAGGAUAAGUCUAGACAUAGUUUGUCUCAUGGCAAUAUCUCGACUCCAACGAGGCAACAUUUACAGCUCCAACAUCAGCAGCAGUUCUUCCAGCAACAACAACAACAGCAACAACAACAUCAGCAACAUCUCCAACAAGAAGAACGAUCUCGCAAACGCAGCAACCAAAUUGCUCGGGAGCUAUCGGAUUUAGUCAUCUACAUCCAAGCAAUAAAGUACCGCGGUCUUAAUCCUUACAGUCCGCAUAAUUCAACACGUGCCAAUCCGCGACAGCAACUCAAAACUAGUGGUAGUGUAGUGACAGUGGGAAGUAUUCUGAAGAAUAGUUCCGGUGACACGCUGAGCCUCCCCUCGUCAAGCCAUCUUUCGGAUAGUCUUUCGUUGAGCUAUGACUCGAGCAUGAGUGGUAGCGAGAGUCACUUGCCACCAACGACUCGAACACGAAACAUGCCGAACGCAAACCAUCCGUGCUAUCAGUGCUCGUCGUUGAACGAGGCUAGUGCGAAAAAACUUUGCCGGAAGGAUCCACUGGGACUGAUUGCUCACACCGAAACUCAACUGAUGCGAACAUAUCCAGCGGGGCUGAGAAUCGACUCGUCCAACUUUAAUCCAGUUUGGUUUUGGUCGUUUGGAUUUCAGAUGGUAGCGUUGAACUACCAAACUGAAGACAUGCCAAUGCAUAUCAACAAAGCCAUGUUCGAAGAGAACAAUAGCUGUGGGUAUGUGCGCAAACCGGAUGUGCUUUGGAACCGCUCACAUCUCAUGUAUAGGCGUUUUAAUCCGCUCGAGAAAGAAUUUGACGGUUUACACGUAACACAGCUGGUGAUAAAUAUUGUCUCGGGUCAGUAUUUGCACCACGUAGCGAAUGGUUCCACUAUUCAUGUAGAAAUAGAACUGCUGGGCAUUCCAAUCGAUUGCGGCCGAAGACGAACGAAACCAAUCAAACAUAAUCUCUUCAACCCGGUGUGGAACGAAACCUUUUUCUUCAAGAUAAUGUUUCACGACUUGGCGUUCCUUAAGUUUACCGUUUACGAGUCCGAGUCGAUAAUCGUAGCGCAGCGAGUGAUAUCGUUGAAAUGUUUUAGACCCGGUUAUCGCCAUGUGCGCUUACGAUCUCCGACGAAUCAGCCGCUGCACAUGGCGUCACUUUUCGUUUACACAAGAGUAGAGGAGGAAGGGUUAGAUAGAUCGUAUGGUGAAAUUGAUGAGCAAUACCUUCAACAAACCAGACAAGCCAAUAGGAAAGAUAUACCGGAGGAUAUUGAACCGAUAUUGGAAAGUAAAGUUCCUUUGCUGAAACGGAAAACAUUUUUCUGUACCGUGUAUGAUGCGGUGCCGAAUAAUCCAUUCACAAUCCUAAAAAUAACCCAAGAAUGCACAACGAAGGACGUACUAGUGAUGGUACUGCAAAAAAUGCACAAACAAAAGGCGGACAUCUCAAACUUUAUCCUGAUAGAGGAAGUGUACACGGGAUGGGAGAAGAAGGACAAGCGACAUCCGCCGACGCAAAGGGUUUUGGACAUGACUGAAAAACCGCUGCAAGCACAGGCCUGCUGGAAAGGUGACGGGCGUUUUAUACUGAAACGGAUAGGCAACGACCCGAGCAGUCGAGCAUGGGUAACGUCAAUUCGUAGAACAGCGGACGCAAGAAGGGCUUCGAUCGCAACUACAACCGGCGGUGGGGAAGCGGCUGGUGGACUACAAGCAGGAUCAACCCCGGAUGAUCCACUCGCACUGGAGAACGUGGACAACUUUCUCGUCUGUGUGUUCAAUGUUUCGAACGACAUACCAUACGCAAUACUUCGAGUACCUAUCAAAUCAACUGCACAAGAUGUGCUGGCACAAGCUCUACUGAAAGCUCGGCGCCUUGAUAACCCCAACAAUUUUGUACUGGUCGAAGAACUAAACUAUAGCAACAAAAGCAAUGAUACUAUGCAGCGAAUCCUGCUGGACGAUGAAAAUGUGUACAUGACGCAGGCCAACUGGAAGUCAAUCGGUCGCUUUGUCAUUCAUGAACGAAGCCAGCUAACACCAUCGACAAUACGUAAAACUAUCCUACCGAUUGAGAAAAUAAGCCGUGGCUUCAGCAUCAGCCGGGGCUCCUCGUCCUCAUCGACCUCUGUUCACUCGCUGAUCUCAAAGUCACCUAUCCAGGUUGCGUUGAGCGAUCCAACCACGUCAAGAAUCAAGUGCCGCUCGGCGGAUGUGCACGGGGCACGAUCGAAACAUUCGCAUUCGGGGCCCGGGUCCGGCACUAGCAUCGGUGGACGGCACAAGUAUAGUUCGGAAAAAGAAACUUCUUUUUCAAGUACAAGUAGCAGUAGUAACGCCACAUCGAAAUCGAGCAAUCGUCGCGAGGUACACUCAGAGGGCGAAACCCUUAGUGACGAGGAUGUUAAAGAAAACGACAUCCUUUCCACAAUGUCGCGCUUCAAACGAAUGUCUAUCAAAAAACUCAAAUCGUGGAAAUCCUAAGUCGGUACACUUGGUUUAUACUUUUGAUUGUUGCUUUUGUAAUGCACUACAAAAAAAAUGCGAUUGAGCUUCUCAAGCACUGUGCGGUGAAAGAUUUCCUUUGAACUUGAAUAAAAUGGCAUUUUAGCAAAACUAGCUUUUUUCAUUCAAGUGCAUAUGAAUAAAGCAAGCAACUUUUUUUAAACAAUGUUGUUACUUUAAGUUUUACGAGAAAUUUGAGUUGCCUCAACUUCCUUUUUUUUCUUUGGUGAGCCAUAGAGAAACAUGCGUUACCAUUGAGUACUGUUAUCAAUCCAAACAAAAACUCGUUUACAGUUGUGUUUUAUGCUAUAAAAUAAAUUCAAUUUAUAGAUAAUUUCUGUACCAACAUGAAAAAUGAGCGCAUACGCAUUAUGACAGUUCGAACUACUAGGUACUUUUUUUUCUAAAAACUUUAAAAAUGUGAAAUAAUAGCCGUAAUCCCGCAGCUUGCUAUCAAAAUGCUUAUGCGCCCUUUCGCAAAUGUUGCUCCAGAUUUUCCGUGCAGUUCAAUGUAACAAAAAGUUAACAUGAAACAGUCAAUGGUUGGAGGUUAGACUCUAUGAAACUUUAUCUUGAAAUAUCCCGAAAGUCCAGUACUGUAUAUUUUACAACUCGAAUCAAAUCUCGUGAGUAAAAACCUCAUGUUGAGAAAACGCAAUCAAAGUUUAAGUACUUACAAGAAUACAAGCUUGGAUUACCAGUAGUCAGGUUUGUACAAAAUGUGAGCUGCUUUAAUUGUGUGGGUUAAUUUAUUUCAAAGUUGACUUUAAACCUUGCUGAGAAUGGCGGAUUUUAAAUUUCUUUCGUUUUUCAUAAAUCCACGUCACUAAUGGUCUGUUUCGUAUUCUUUGAAUUGAUGUCAUCGAUUAGAUGUGGCAAAAAAAAACAUAAAGAUAGAUUAUCACAGCAUCGGAUACUCAAUAAAAAAUAAUAAUAAAUUACAAAUGAAAACUAUGUGAUAACUUUUAAUAAAAACUUAAACUGUAUAAAUAUAUCAGAUUGACCCGAAGUUAUGUUAAUUUUACCAGUAGUGUGUUGUAAAUAAUAAAAUCAUUAAUUUUAAAUAUGUA